AUGUGGAUUGCGGCAGGCCUGCUGCUGCUGAUGGGAAGUGUGCUCUGUGUGUGGCGCUGCGCUGGCGUGCGGCGCGCGCGUGCUGCGCCAGCGUCAACCAUGGCCUGGGACCUCCUCUACGCGCUCACGGGGCAGAGCAAGAGCAAGCCCUCUCCGCCGAUCGGCCGCGACUUUGCGCCGCGCCGAACGCAGCCGGCGCCGCCGCAGCACGCCGCGCCCAGCGCCGAGGGGCUUGCGGCGCUCGAGGCGGCGGCUGCCCGCAGUGGCCCUCAGGCAGCGGCGUCAAACGGGGCUGAGGGUACCUCCGCCGGAGUGGAUGCGCCGAUCGGGGCGCGCUUUUACCGCUCGGAGGAGAUCUCCGGCAGCUGGGCCCUUGCUCCUCGCGGCGUGUCGCGCUCGCUGCCCGACGCGGCGGAGACGGCGGCGAUCGGCUCGAUCACCUCGCACGGCUCCAAGUGGGACAGCAAGGGCAAGCACACUGAGAUCAACCAGGACCGAGGAUGCGUGGUGACGCCCUUCGCCGGCGACGAGACCGCGCUCCUCGCGUGCGUCUUCGACGGCCACGGGCCUCAGGGGGAGCAGGUGUCCGAGUACAUC